AUGGGUCGCAAAAGGAAGAAGUUGAUGACACCUCCAAUCAAGGACGGAUCUGUUGUUUCUCGAAAUUCCAAUUCUGCUGAUCAGAGAAACAACGGAGCCAAAGGCUCCAAACCGGAAAGACUUUGCGAUGCGAUAAAUUUUUACAAGGAGGCCAAUUUGAUUUUGACAAUUUCAAGCGGCAGCGAGAAAGAAGAGCUUCGUGCCUGCGUUAAUUAUGUGUUGGCUGGUAUCUACUUGAAAUUCGCGGAACAUGAUCCGGACGAAGACGUCUGUCCUGCUCUUUUACGAAAAUUGUGUUGUCAGGGGUGGCGAGUGAAACCUCCGGAUUACCUUCUACAGGAUAUGAAGCCCACAGAAGAAUCUCCAGAAGAAUGUGCGGAAAGAUUGCGUAGGAGGAUUUGGCCGGACCACAUUAAAUCUAGGGUUGAUGCUGCAGAUGAAGUUUUGAAAUGCUGCUCUCAAAUGCACACGUCAAUCUUUCGCUUGUAA